GAAUUCAGAGAAUCCAGAGUUUAGUGUUCCAACUGUCUUGUCUUCUUUCACUUGUGUGCUUGCCAACCAAUCAGGAUUUAGAAUAGUUCUCUCUACCCCGAUCGAACUCACGCGUAUUAGACUCAAGGUUAAGCCACUCAGCCUAACGCGUCAAGGUCAUAAUUUAGACUAGACAGACCAAGGUCAAGUCAUAACAAGUAUCACGGGGUAAAAGCGAUUCAAGGUCAUAACAACUGGCGACGGAGAAUUUUGUUUUUUCUUUCCUAUAUUGAUUGAUCCAGUACAAAAUGCCUGUAUCAUUGGACGACCUUAAAACUAUUCUUCAAAUGCAGCAAGCACAAAAUGAUGCAAAUCAGACGAAGCUUUUGGAUGCAUUGGCACGAAUGUUCUCAUUACAGUCGUCCUCAGCUUGUCAAUCAGAUAAGCAUGAAAGCAUCAUAAAUUCUAUUUCUGAAUUCCAGUAUGAUCCUGAAGCUAAUGUCAUUUUCAGUUCGUGGUUUCACCGUUGUGAAGAUAUUUUCCGCGUUGAAUGCUCGCAUCUUGAUGACGCAGCGAAAGUCCGCUUACUCUUAAGAAGACUGGGAACACAGGAAUAUAAUAAAUAUGUGAAUUUUAUCUUACCGCAAAAUCCACGAGAGGUAUCAUUCAAAGACACAGUUCAGAUUCUAUCUGAUAUUUUCGAUGAACAGUCCUCAUUAUUUAAUACUCGCUAUAAAUGCUUCCAAAUAACGAAAUCUCCAGAGGACGAUUAUCUCACGUAUGCUGGGAAGGUAAAUCGACAGUGCGAACGCUUCAAAAUAAACGAAAUCACAGCGGACCAAUUUAAAUGCUUGAUUUUCAUAUGUGGUCUUGUUAUGUCCGAGUGGAGAUUAAAUUACAGGUAACUUCCGAGGACUAUUCAUGGACUAAUAUUCUAUAAAUAUUCUUAUUGUAUAACUACUCAACAAUUACACUAUGGAUAUUUAUAUUCCUUUUAUGAUAAGCUUUGUUUUGACCUAUAAUUUAUUAUUGUACGAUUUACGGUUCUUAAGUUAUGUUCAGUUUAUUAACUACUGCCUCCCUCAUUCACAGCCACUUUUUGGGCUUAUUUGUGUACAAAUAUUAUUUCCUAUUUUAUGGUACGUUGCGGUCUGUGUGAUUGAUAUAUAAACUAAGUAUGCCUGAAAUAAACGAUCUGCUCUGA